AUGCCCACUCAUACUCCCGCUAGCGCUCUCGUCAUAUGCUUCACGGCGGCGAAGGGUGCACCUUGGAACUACCCCAAGUGGCAAGAGCUAACCGGCGUCUACCAUGGUUUAUUUCCUGAAGACGACAAGCACCUUCCCAUCGGGUGGACUCGACGCGACGCCGACAACGUUCGAUCAUACUUUACGCAGUUCAGCUCGUAUCAGAAGGACGAACAAAGGCUCAAGUUCGCAGUCGUUCGCACCAAAGCGGGUCAGGAUCCCAUACCAGGUCGCGCAUUCUUUCGCGACUGGGUUACGUCUCUGAUCUCCGCCGUUUGGAUGCUGUACACCCGCAUCUCAAACAUUCUCGAUGAAGCCAAUAUCCACCCACUCCAAAUCAUGGUCGCUGCUGACAACACCGACAAGUGGCCCAUGAGCAGCUACUACAUCCCCAUGGUCAUCGACAAAGUCGGACUCGAGCUCUUCGGUCCUGAAGCUCUAGGUCCGACUGGACUUCUCCCAGACGAACUCCGCGCAGUUGUCGGCAUUUUUAUCCAGCGCACCUGGGUCGUCGUCAAGCGUUCGUCGAUGAGGAAGAUUAAGAAUUUGAAGGCCUACGAAAUGGAUGCCGAGCGCGCUCUUGAAGCUCUUUCGGAGGCCUCGGUCACACCGGCAAGGGUCAAGAAGACGCUUAGGACCGUGUCAAGAUUCAAGGAACUUGUCGAUCUCUGCGGUACCUCAUCGGCGCGCUCGAAGGUCAAGAUCAUGAACCAGAAGAUGGACGAAUUCAUUGCGGAGCUCCACACGCAAGUUGCUCCGAAGUCUAAGGUGGAUCAGAAGAAGACUGUUCCUCCAAAGUUCGCUUCGUCCAAGUCCCUCGCCCAGCUUGCCACUGCCAACGACGUGGCCGAACUUCUCGACCUUUACGACUCCCUGUUCGGAGAAGGUACCGAUUCAGCGCCCGAGCUCGCUGGUGGGUCCCUUGCUGGGGUGCGAUUUGGGGAACCUGUAGACGGAGCAGACCCUGGUGUUGAGGUAGAAUCGGGAAUGUCAGGAAGCCAGCUCUUUCACAACCUCGAUUUUGACGGCGGCACCCCCUUCUUGUUCAACAAGCAACGCCAUCGCGACGGACUAAGCCCCUGGGAGACCGACUUCGACAAACUCAAGAUCGACAACCCAUCCGCCCUCGAACCUCUCAAGCUCCACUGGCAUCAGGGCGCUGGCGUGCACAGCGUCAUUCGCCAUAUCUUCCACAAGGACCCAUCCCCAGCUCAUCCAUCCGGAAUUCUUCUCGCAGACGACGUUGGCAUCGGCAAAACCAUCCAGUCCGCUGCAACCAUCGCCUUUCUCGCUAAUCUCGCUCUGCGCCAAGAGCGAGGCCUGACUUUACCUCCCAUUAUCCGUGAUUUUCCCCACCUGAAGGAUUUCGCUACCCUCCCUGCCCUCCCUCACCUCAUCCUAGUCCCACCAACCCUCUUGGGCCAAUGGGAACACGAACUGAAAUGUUAUUUUCGCCCCAAGUCCGUAGAAAUUCUCGUUUAUGGGCGCAACGCUUCGGAGUCGGGGAGCUUUUGGAGUGCGGGUGGCCCUUUCCAGUCCUCGAAGCACCACCCCGCCCAUAAAAUAAUAUUGGCUUCUCAAACGACUGUCCAGCGCGAGUUUCGAUCUCUCUACUCGGGUAACCGCCCCCCCAAAUCGCUGCCCUGGGUUACCCCCGACAAGCUGCCGGGAUACGCGUCAGCCGCCGGCUCCACACUUUUUGGUCGCCAGUACCUUACCGUCGUCUUCGAUGAGGCUCAAGGUGCUCGCAACACGGGUCAGAAGCAUUCCUCAGCGCUCCAGAUUCUAGAGCAAGCCCAAGUCCGAUUGGUCCUCACAGCCACUCCACUUCAGACGUCAACCAAGGAUAUCUCAGCCAUGGGGCGCAUGGUUGGAAUCCCACACUUCUUUCAAAGGGAGGCGUACGAAGAAGAAAGGGCAGAUGCGAAUGCUCUUCGCCGAGCGAAACUCGAGCGAACUGAAGAUUUCGACGAGGAAGAUGGCGACGACCCCGUUCGCAGUCUCCAAAUCGUAAUUUCCGCCCGCCUCCAAGCCAAGUUCCAAGGUCUUCUCAUCAAGAGAGCUCCCGACAGCCUGGAUUUCGAGGGAAAGCCACUUAUCGCCCUUCCACCGCUUCGGGUGAUCCACGGGCUUGUUAAAUUGACUGAAAGAGAGCGAGAGCUUAUCGAAGAAGUCACAGAGCACGGACUCGAGAGUGCCUCUAUCGCCAACAGUCGCAACAUUACCUCCAGCAGCUUUUACCUCGCCCACCGCCAGACCGUCACCUUCGCUCGGGAGGACCCAAACGAAUCUAUACCCGAAUUCGAAACCCUUGAAGCCUGGGAGGAACGGAAGUCCACGAAGAUCGAUACCGUCGUCAAAGUUGCGAAGUGGCUCACCUCGCGAGACGACGCCCCUAUCCCGGAAUUCCACGAGGGAGAAGUCAUAUAUCCGGACCCACCCGCUUCCUCGACGUUCACCCGCAACAGGAAGGUUCUUGUUUACCAAGAGUUCCCCUCGUUUACCGGCCUUGUACGCAACAUUUUCCGCCUUCACGGCGUCAAAGUGCUCGCUAUCGACGGUGCGACCCCCAUCGACCAGCGCUCAUCGAUUGUCGCAACGUUCAACACCGACCCUGAGUACCGCGUUCUCAUCUUCUCCAAAGUGGGUGCCACUGGCCUCAACUUGACUCGAGCCAAUGUCGUCCUCUUCCUUGACCAACCUUGGUCUGCUCAAGACGAGCGCCAAAUCAUCGGUCGGGCUUACCGCCAGCGACAGACCCGCGAGGUCACCGUCAUCCAUAUUUUGGCCGAAGACACAGCUGAUAUCACCCUCUCGCUGCUCGCAAGAGGGAAGAAGGACAUGCUAGACGCUUUUCUUAACCUCAACACCGAAGUUUCUCGCAAUCUCUCGCGCGCGAUUACGGGCGAGUUCAUCGUCGCCCCCGAAGACACCAACGACGCCGACAUUCAAAUCGAUGGCGACGAAGACUCCAGGCGACCAAAGAAGAAAUCGUGCAAGAAGAAGCUCAAGAGUUCUGGUGCAGAUCCCGCCAAAUCAAGUUCGAAGGUCACCGAUGAAAGUGACUCCAGCCAACGCAAGAAGAAGAAGAGAAAACCGAAGAGUUCCAGUGUGGUCGUCGACGACGACGGAGACGGUGGUGAUGGUGGCGGCGCUUCCACCACCGACGGUGCAGCUACAACCACGGAUCUCUCGAUGGACGCCUCUUCUGAAUACCUCACUGACCUCUCCCUGUCCAUUCCACCCCUCACUGCCAGCGAACCCGAAGACGAAGCAACCAAAGCUCCUCUCGUGGACUACCCAAGCUCCCCCGAGCAUCGUGCCGCCCCUUCAUUUGGCGAAGAACCGGCGGUGGACGAUAUCGGUGCCCCUCCACUCGCGCCUCAACGUCUUGAAGGACCAUCCUCUCCGCCCACUCGCAAGCGCGACAGAAUCGUUUCUCGCACCGCCGCCUCUCCUGCCUCUCAGUCGCCGAGCUCUAGCUCCCCUCCCAAGCCUAAGAAGCGAGCGAAGGUGUCUAGUGGUGGCAGUCCUUCAACUGGAAAGGGCGACUUUGAGCGGCGCACCAAUUUCUUCAAGCUUCCAAAUGCCCCAGUCACCCACAAGUACCGUACUGGCGCACCAGAUCGCCCUCUUCUUCAAUCUUCACCAACGAACCCGUUCAUUUCUCCCCCCAUCGCCGAGAACCCCGGCAAAGCUCAACCUCGCUCACUGCCCCCCGCACCACCUGCGAAUGCAGGGGCUGAACCCAGUGGACAAGGCCACCCGAGCAAACACAACCCUCACAUUCCACUGAGUCGCAGAGCAGCCCCGAUGAUUCGCAGUGCAUUCUCAUCGCCGUCGCUUCCUCCAGUAACGCCCCCUGCGCUCCCUAACCCUGGCUUGUCCCACCCCCACAAGCCUCGCAAGAAAGCCACGAGGGACUGA